AUGAAGAAAACAACCAAAUCAUCCCGUGCCGGGCUUACGUUCAGUGUCGGCCGCGUAUCGUCUUCGUUACGAAAGGGACGGUACGCGACGCGCAUCGGCGUCGGUUCCACGGUCUACAUGGCGGCAGUGCUGGAGUAUCUGGCAGCGGAAGUGCUUGAACUGGCCGGUAACGCAGCGCGUGACAAUCACAAAUCACGGUUGACGCCGCGCCACAUUCAGCUGGCCAUCCGGAACGAUGAAGAGCUGAGUAAACUAUUGCAGGGAACUACCAUUUCCCAGGGUGGCGUCAUGCCGAACAUCCAUUCGGUGCUGUUGCCACGCAAAACCGGCUCCAAUACGGCCGGAGCCACCGGACAAAGUCAGGAGUAUUAA